AUUUGCUUCUGUGGGAAAUUUGAGCACCCAAAACAGGACAGCUACACCACAUAUUAUGUUUGAGUCAAAACCACUCCAAAAUGUGUAGGAAUUUACCAUCAAAAGAAAUACGAUGAAGACUGUAAACAGCAGCUCUAUCGUCUUUCCCAGUAGAGGGUGCGAAGAGAGAAGACUUAGUCAGUCAUGGACACCGUAAACAUGAAUACAGGCUGUGGGAUGGGACCAGACUGCGUCUGGAAAGUGGGCUUUUAGAAAUACAAAUGAAUGUUAGAGCACGUUAUUGUUGUUAUUUGUGGUUGGUCUAGUAUUCGUAGUUUUUUUUCUUUUUCUUUUACUUGUUAAUUAACAAGUAAAAGACAAUUAAUUUUCAGUUAAUGACAGUUAAUUGUCAUUAACUGACAUUAACUGUCAUUAACGAGAAUUCUGCAGUUGCUAUGGAGUCUGAAGAUUAUACAAGAUUUGAUUCAGUUCAAACUGAUUCACCCCACAUUUAAACAUCUUUAGAAGUGUUUAAAACUUUGAACGAAAGUCGGCCAAACGUAGUCCAGAGAAAAAGCUGGAAUAUGAGGAGGGCUUCAACGUACGGGAAAGAUGUUGCUGGCAGUAAUAAACCAACAAUGAAGGAAGGAGAGAGAAGGCAAUCUCUACUGCCUAGUUCCUCAUCUGGAAUAAAUAGAUCCAAAGAGCAGCUAAGGCGACGAAGGAGAUCUUCAGGUUUUCUAUUCCAGCAGAAAUAUUCCAGUCCUCAAACUAGCACCAAAGGAAUACGGGUGUUUGAUUCUCAAGGGAGCGAUGUCACUCCUCUGCCCCUGGUUGCCGUUGUUGACGACCCGGACCCCAAAACACGUGAAAAAUCGUCUCUGGAGGAAGUCCUCUUCAAAAAAGGAUCAUCGAUUUUCAAGUCCUCUACACCCACUGAUGUGGUUUCGUCCAGGUUUGGCAGCUCAUUUACCAGCAAGCCCACGGAAUCUGGUGCUCUCUCAAGAAGCAGCAUAACCGACGAUAGUUUUUCUCUGCCCAGCACUGAUGCUGCUUAUGAAUUCCCACGGAAGCCUGUGGCUGAGGGAUUCGACAUCAUCCUCAGCGAGACGGACACCAUCUCGCUGCUGGACCUGCCCCCCACCCUCGUCUCAGAAGAUGCUGAGGACGCAGACGCGGUGAAACAGAGAAACCGCGACUACGCCGAGUUUUGCAGUAGUAAAAUGGGCAGUGAUAAUUUUUUCGAGCGAUCAUCUCAGACACUUGUCGGGGAGCAUAAAUGCAAAUACACCCAGACCGACACGAACAAAAGUGUAAACAAGGGCACAAUCGCUACUACCUGGGACAUAUAUGAUUCGUUCUCUAUGUCGACUGAAAAUAGGGAAACCAGGGAAUCUGAGCGGGUGGAUUAUCUCACGAGAACCAGGAAUAAGCAAGACGUUUCAGAAGUAACCAUGAGCAGGGAAACAGGCAGUGGCGUCAGCUCGGCGGCAGAGACGGACGCUGAUCUGUUCAUGUUAAAAACUGAGUCAAACUUGGAAAAGAUCCUGUCGUCGGAAGCUUUCAUGAAAAGCGUGUCGAUAAUGGAGAGAGUGAUAGUGCUGAACAUUUUUCAGCCUAAGCUGGCUGCCUUCAGAGGGCUGCCUGUCCUGAAAGACCCGGACAGCGAGGUCAGGCCUGGCUCAGAGGAACGGAUUACAGAGGAGAAAGGCCACUAUUUAACACCAACCUUGGAGCCUCUCUGGACCUUCGUCAGCCCCCUGACCAGAGGACACAACAUCACCUGCAUGACAUGGAACAAGAAGAACCCAGACAUCCUGGCCGUAGGCUACGUAGGCGGGUCUUCAGGCAACCCACAACCAGGCCUCAUUUGCUGCUGGUCUCUAAAAAACCUUGUGUGGUCGGAGCGAGUGUUUUCCUGCCAUAGCAGUGUGACGUGCCUGGAGUUUUCUUCCAGCAACCCCAGUCAUCUGGCCAUAGGGAUGUACGACGGCUCCGUCGCCAUCUACAAUGUUCAGGUCGGAGACGACACGGCAUGCAUCGCCAACAGCCGUGACUGUGCUAAGAGGCACACGCAACCGGUGUGGCAGGUCACCUGGACCAAACAACAGCUGCAGCUAUCGGGGGAAGAACGAGAAGAAGUCCUAGUGUCGGUAUCAGGAGAUGGCAGGAUUACCAAGUGGCUCAUCCUGCACAAUGAUUUCAACUGCGUAGACUUGAUGAUCUUGAAAAGAUCAUCAGGUCGUAAACAGAGCAUCGGAGGAGGCCAGUCGAAGACUGAAAAUGUGCUGCUUCCACUGACCACUGUUCUUUGCAUUGACUUCCAUCCAGACGACACUGGGAUCUAUGUGAUCGGAACGUGGGACGGCAGCAUGCACAAGUGCUCUCUGUCCAACAGCGAUCAUUUUCUGGACACAUACUGUAAACACCCUUCCCCAGUGACGCAUAUCGAGUGGUCGCCUAUUUAUUCAGACGUGUUCCUGAGCACCUCUUCAGACGGGACGAUUCAGCUGUGGAAGGUGGACACGCUGAACCCCAAAAUGAGCUUCACGUCGGUGCAGAGCAUAGUGGACAGCGUCAAGUGGUCCCCAAACUGCGGCACGGUGUUUGCAGCCAUCUACAGGCACCGUGUGGAGGUCUGGGACCUCUGCCAAAGCAUCAUGCGGCCCACUUUGGUACACCACGCCGAGCCCGGCGUGACGCUGUCGUCCUUGCUGUUUGCCAAAGGCUCAGACAGCAUUUUGGUUGGGGACAGUCGGGGUGAGGUGACUGUGUACAAACUCAAAAACUUCAGAGUCGGGAAACCAAAAAAGGUGUGCGAUCUGUAUGAGGUCAUGGCAUCUGUCGGCGGGUACGUUGACUGAAGAACCGCCAAGUAGAAACGGAAUCUAGUUAUUACUUCAAAUAUGUGGCGUUUGUUGUCAUUGAAAGACAGGCUUUUCUUAUUAAAACUUACAGAGGUUUGUGUUGUCAAAUGUUAAAUUGAAGAUAAAAAGGCACAAAAUAAACAGAUCAUUUAACAGUUUCA